CUCCCUCCCCUUCACUCCCUGUUCUUAUCUUUCUCCAUUUCUUUCAGUACCAUUCCUGCCAUUAUAUAACAUUUAACUUGCUAGCAGUUUCCUCAAUAUGCUAAAAACAGUCACCUACCACCCAUACCUUUGAAGGGAGGGAAGAAAUCAUGGGCUAGGGAAAGGGGUGAGGGAGAAAGGAAAGAUUAACAUAACAAAUCCCAGAGAAUUUCUGCCUCUUUACGGCCACAGACAGAGCCAGAGGUAUCUUAGGGACGCUGUUGAAAAAGAAACGUCUGAAAACUCAAGAAACUCCCUAUCAUUUACAUGGCGAAGUUAACAAGUGCACGCACAAUUACUUCUGCUAAGACCUUUGGACCUACGGGAGGAAAUCGGAACCCUAGAUUGCGUCUGCUGGACUCUGGAACUCAGCGAGCGCCUUCAGGGCUGAGACCUGCUUCUUCUGGCUACCCUUGCGCACCUUGGCCCGCACGUCCUCUGCCUUCUCGCGUCUCACUAGUGGCUUUUUCUCGGGGGCCUUCAUCUUCCACACCACAAU